UAGCAAAAGUGUUAGAUGAGGAAAAGAAAGUGACUUGCUUUAUAUACAAUCACAUUUGGACUGUUGAUUUGAUGAAGAAGUAUACACCGUGGAAACAAAUACUUCGACCUGCUCUUACUCGAUUUGCAACUCAUUUCAUUCAACUUGAAGAGAUAACAAGACAAAAGCAAGGUUUGAGAGAAAUGUUUAAUUUAAAGGAAUUUAAAGAAUCAAAAUGGGGAAAGCAAAAGUCAGGGCCUGCUUAUGAAGCCAAAAAAAUUGUUUUGGGAAAAGGUUUUUGGAAAAAAGCCAAUGACCUCAUAAAAGUUUAUGAGCCCUUAGUAAGAGUAUUGAGACUUGUGGAGAGCGAUGAAAAACCAACGAUGGGCUUUAUUUAUGACGCUGUUGAUAGGGCUAAACGAGCAAUUCAACAAAAUUGUCGAUAUUUCAUAGAGUAUGAAAAGAUUAUUGACAAUAGAUGGAAUUUUAUGCAUUCCGACUUGCAUUCAGCUGGUUAUUUUCUCAACCCUCAAUUUCAAUUUGGGGUGGAGCAUUCUGAGAAUGUACUAAUAGAAACAUUAGAAGUUGUUACUAUUUAGAGAUAAACAUGAGACAUUCGGUACUCCACAAGCACAAAAAGCUUGGAAGCAAAUGAAUCCGGCUGAGUGGUGGAUGAUAUACGGCACAUGUGUUCCCGAAUUACAAAAAUUAGCAAUUAAAGUGCUUAGUCAAACAACUUCAAAGAUCAAAUUGCGAACGAAAUUGGAGCACAUUUAGUUAUAUUCACACCAAGGCAAGAAAU